AUCUGUUACGUUUGAACUCGCUUGCAUCACAUAUCAAAAUGAUUCUGAAAAUUAUGCAGCUACUUUACCAUUUCUUAAAAAGGAUUUUUUUUUCUUUUUUUGAAAACGCAUACACUUUAAUUUUGGAUUCUUGAUUUGCUUUGCUGCGUGGAGUCUUGAAUCUUUCCAUACCUAUGUUUUUAAUAUUAAAAUCUGGCAACACUGCUCUCUUGUUUGUUAUGAAAAUAAAGUGAAAACAAAAAGUAUUGAUUAUACUGAUAUUACGCAUUUGAUAUCUCUCGACUUCUUUUGAAUUAAAAGAAAAAGUAACUAAAUUAUUUAGGACUUGGAAUGGACGGACUUAAAAGCACUCUGUUCCUUAUGCUAUAUGGUUUUAAAGACUGCUUGCGAGGAAUCUGGUGUCUGAAACAUUUUUGGUUGCAUUCUCAAAAACAGAAAGCUCAAAAAACAGGAACUUCAAAAUCGCUUCUAGGCGUUUUAAAACAGUGUAUUACCUUUAGCGCACUAUUUUGGGUUGGAAUAUUUAUUUUCAAUCGUUAUAUUCUGAACUUCUGUAUCCAUCAUUUAUUAAAUUCAUUAUUAGGGCCAGAAUGGCAAUAUCUUCCUUUAGUCUCUAACAUACUAGGACUUUUAUUCAACGCGGUUUGGACGCUGCCACUUUUUUGUUUCAGCAAAGUACUACUUAAUUUCAAAUGGUACAAUGAGAUUGCAGAAUUAACGUUCGACAACGUUGGCGGGAAGAGAUCUCACACGAAGUUGAGCUAUUCGUGGGGUGAUCAGCUUGAGAGUGCUGUUGUGCAGUGUGUAUUCAUGCUUCAAGCUUACGCCAUGCUGUGGCUACCCUUUCCACUUCACAUCCAACAUGUGCUGUGUCAUGUACAUUUGUCACUUCUGUAUGCAUUGUACUCCUUUGAGUACAAAUGGUUUCAAAUGGGAUGGGGUUUACGUAGGCGACUAGCCUACGUCAAUUCUAAAUGGCCCUAUUUCUUGGGCUUCGGCCUACCCCUUGUCCUAGUCUCGUCCUACGUCGGCAACUACAUCGAGAGUGUGUGCUUAUUUUCUACGUUGUUUCCGAUUUAUGUCGUGAGUAGCACUGUAACGAUGGACAGCAGGGUGCAACACUACAGUCUUCCUGUGAAAUUCUUUGAACCAGCUUCUCUGACUGUCAGCUGCAUAUUUGUCUUCGCAUUCUCACUCAUACAUAAGAGAAAAUAGUGUUUUUGCCCUACUUUGUUUUUAUAUGUAUUUUCGACUGAGAAAUAAAUGUUGUUAUUUUGUUUUU